GCCAAUGAGGAGGCGGCAACUCAGAGCAGGCGCUCGGCCGGACGGGAGGCUGCGGUCGAGUCCGAGUCGCGGGGGGUCGGAGCAGGGUUGCGUUGUUUCUCUGUGCGGCGGCGAGAUGAGGCGGCGCGGACUGUGGGUGCUGCUGCUGCUGCUGCUGGGGACGGCGCAGCUGGCCGUGCUGAUGGCGCAGGAGGACGGCGAAGAAUCUGUUAUGCAAGAAGUUGAUGAUGAAGAAGAAGAAGGUGGUGAUGAUGAUGAUGAUGAUGAUGAUUCUGAAGUUAAAGAAGAAAAUGGUGUGUUAGUUUUGAAUGAUGCUAACUUUGACAGCUUUACUGCAGACAAGGACACUGUGCUCCUGGAGUUCUACGCACCAUGGUGCGGGCACUGCAAGCAGUUUGCUCCUGAGUAUGAAAAGAUAGCCAAAACCCUGAAGGAAAAUGACCCUCCUAUUCCAGUUGCCAAAAUUGAUGCUACUGCAGCCACUGCGCUAGCAAGUCGUUUUGAUGUCAGUGGUUACCCAACCAUUAAAAUCCUGAAAAAAGGCCAGCCUGUUGACUACGAUGGUUCUCGAACAGAAGAUGCAAUUGUAGCCAAAGUCAAGGAGAUUUCUGACCCCAGUUGGACCCCUCCACCAGAAGCUACUCUUGUAUUGACCCAGGAUAAUUUUGACGAUGUUGUGAAAGAUGCUGACAUAAUUCUGGUGGAAUUCUAUGCUCCAUGGUGUGGGCACUGCAAAAGGCUUGCUCCAGAAUAUGAGAAGGCCGCCCAAGAGCUCAGCAAGCGCACACCUCCCAUUCCUCUGGCUAAGGUCGAUGCCACUGCUGAGACUGAGCUUGCAAAGAAGUUUGAUGUUACUGGCUAUCCAACUCUGAAAAUCUUUCGCAAAGGCAAACCUUAUGACUACAGCGGUCCGCGAGAGAAAUACGGUAUUGUUGACUACAUGAUUGAACAGGCUGGUCCUCCAUCUAAGCAGAUUCAGGCUACGAAGCAGGUACAGGAAUUUCUGAAGGAUGGAGAUGAUGUCAUUAUCAUUGGUGUUUUUAGUGGAGAAACUGAUGAAGCCUAUCAGCUCUAUCAGGAAGCAGCUAACAGUUUAAGAGAAGAUUACAAGUUCCAUCACACCUUCAGCAACGAGAUUGCAAAGCUAUUGAAAGUAUCUCCUGGAAAGCUGGUUGUCAUGCAGCCGGAAAAGUUUCAAUCAAAGCAUGAAUCCAAGAUGUAUGUUUUGGAUCUUAAACAGUAUUCUACAGAUGGAUCAGAGAUCAAAGAGCACGUAGUGAAACAUGCUUUGCCUCUAGUUGGCCAUCGCAAGCCUUCCAAUGAUGCUAAAAGAUAUGCGAAGCGUCCCCUUGUGGUUGUCUAUUACACUGUUGACUUCAGUUUUGACUAUCGUGUUGCUACCCAGUACUGGAGAGGCAAAGUCCUAGAGGUAGCCAAGGACUUCCCUGAGUAUGUGUUUGCUGUUUCUGAUGAGGAGGAUUAUUCUUCUGAAAUAAAAGAUCUAGGUCUGCUUGAGAGUGGAGAGGAUGUAAAUGUUGCCAUUCUGGAUGAAGGUGGCAAGAAAUAUGCCAUGGAGCCAGAAGAGUUUGACUCUGAUGCCCUCAGACAGUUUGUGCUGGCAUUCAAAAAAGGAAAACUGAAGCCUAUUGUGAAGUCGCAGCCGGUGCCAAAAAAUAACAAAGGGCCUGUGAAAGUAGUAGUGGGUAAAACUUUUGAUGCCAUAGUAAUGGAUCCAAAGAGUGAUGUUCUCAUAGAGUUCUAUGCCCCGUGGUGUGGACACUGCAAGAAACUAGAACCGGUGUAUGCUGAGCUAGGCAAAAAAUACAAGCAUGAGAAAAAUCUAGUCAUAGCCAAGAUGGAUGCAACUGCCAACGAUGUGACAAAUGAUCGCUACAAAGUGGAAGGAUUCCCUACCAUCUACUUUGCUCCAAGGGACAAGAAGAACAAUCCUAUUAAAUUUGAAGGCGGUGACAGAGAUCUAGAGCAUCUGAGUAAAUUUAUAGAGGAGCAUGCUACAAAACUCUCUAGAACAAAAGAAGAGCUUUAGAAAAGAUGAGGGCGAUAAAGAAUUCUUUGUACGUUGUAGUUUAAAGAAAGUUACUGACAAAACUUCAAUGAGAGAAGAAUUCAGCAGCUUGAACAAGGAAAUUCUUGAGCAGUAAAGUAAUUGCAAUAUCUUUUUUUGUAUUACGGAAAAAAUUCUGGACACUGAACUUUGAUACAAUUGUCUUGUUUGUUAUAGCUUUGAUCUAUGGAGAUAAAAUACAUCAUUUAUUUUUUGUGACUA